GACGCGUUCCGAUUCGAUCAAGAUUGUAAAGUCACUUCACGAAGUCAAUUUUAAUCUACAAGAUGGGAUCCCGCAAAUUUGAAAAGGCUCCAGAGCCUGCUGCUGAGUCCGAGGAGGACAACACGCAGCCAACAUCUCCAGAGAGAGCUAUUGAAAAGGCGAAGAAGCUCAUGGUCAAGUACAACAUUAACAGAGAUGCCAAGCGCAAAGCCAUUGAAGAAGAAUAUGAGAAGCAUGCAAAGGAUGUUGGCCGAAGAAUCGACAAGUUGUCCAAUGCUAGGAAGUCCAGAGUGACCAAGUCUCAGAAAGCCUUAUGGGACAGACUCGAUGUUCUAAACAAGAAGCGCCAGUCUUUGGAGAACACCAUCCUCAUGAGCAUGAAAGCUGUCGAGACUCAUACCCUGAACAUCUCCAGCGAGCUCUAUGCUAUGUUUGAGGGACGCAUCGAGGAGCUUCAAGAGCCGUCCACACCAGAAGCUUGAUUCCGUGAGAUUGUCAUUGUCCGUCCAUGAUUGGGAGGGUUCUGGAAUGAGAAGCCAAUAUUUUUGCUACACACUUUUGCUAUACGUACUCAUGUCUCACUUACUUUAGUACUUCCAAGGCGUCAGGAG